GCAGCUCAUACCCCUCUGAUGCAUCAGAUAGCACAAGAUGAAAUCCCGCAUGCACUUUGACGAUGUCGCAUGGGAAGAAAGCGAAAGAAUCACAGAUAGCUGGGUGGACUGGCUUCUUGCUGACGAAGACACAUUCCGGGCCAUCGGUAAUCUCAUCGUGAAGCACCGAAGCGGCGUGCCCGAAGAACUGGGCGAUCCCAAAGCUGGCUAUUUCAAAUCUCCUUCCGGAUGAAGUAUGCUGAUGGCGGCUCUGCCAUCAUUCGGUUCGCUAAACCCGGAGCGACCAUGUUCCCGGAAGAGAAGAUUCGCAAUGAAGUCGCAGCCAUUCGAUAUAUCCAGGACCACACUUCUAUCCCCGUACCAUUUAUCCUGCACUGGGGUACGGCAGAAGAAAGUCCCCCUGGGAUGAGUCCCUUCAUUAUCAUGGAGUAUAUCGAUCAUGAGUCAAACAUGAGCAGGGUUUUGAACAUGCCGGGACUCACCAUAGAAGACCGCCCACGUCUUGAUCCAAAUAUCGAUCCUGCGAAGCUGGAGAUGCUAUAUGGGCAGCUUGCCGAUAUAUUGCUUCAACUGAACCGGUUAUCCUUCGAUCGUAUUGGGUCAUUGGAGAGAGUGGAUGAAUUUACCUACCAAGUGACACGUCAGCCGCUGUCCAUCCAUAUGAACGAGUUAGUACGUCUCGGGACUCUGCCCCGGUCAAGUCUGCCACAUGGCACCUUCGAGACCGCCUCAUCCUACUACGAUGCCCUCGCUGAGCUACACAUUGAUCAUCUGACACACCAGCGUAAUGACGCGAUUGAGUCGGACACCGAUUGUCGGCGCAAAUACAUCGCCAGGCAACUGUUUCGUAAGCUCUCAGGCGAUCGUCGCCUAACUUCACCUACUCAACACCCCGAAUCAGGCUCGUUCAGACUAUGGUGUGAUGAUCUUCGUCCCUCGAAUGUCCUCUUGAAUGCGGAUUUGCAAAUCGUCGGAGUGAUCGACUGGGAAUUCACCUACGCGGCACCGGCCGAAUUCUCAUCCGCUCCACCGUGGUGGUUGCUACUCGAACAGCCAGAGUAUUGGCCAGGCGGCCUGGAAGAGUGGACGGGGAUCUAUGACUAUCGUCUGAAGACGUUCCUGAAGGUAUUGAUUGCACGUGAAGACACACUCAUUGACUCUGGACGCUUGAGCGAGGACCGGAGACUCUCAGGGCCUAUGCGGCAGAGUUGGCAGAGCGGAGAUUUCUGGGUCAGUUAUGCUGUCCGGAAGAGCUUUGCUUUUGAUGCGAUUUUCUGGCAGAAACUAGACGAACGCUUCUUUGGGUCCACAACAACACCCGAGGACUCGUGGAAAAAAAGAAUCGAGUUGCUUGAUGAUAAGCAGAAAGAGGAGAUGCAGUUCAUUGUCGAGAAGAAGCUGGCAGGUAUGAAGUCAAGGGUCCUGACAUGGCAGCCUGAUGAAGAAAGCAAACUUGGUGUCCAUUGCAUCACCGGAUCGUGAGCGCAUAUUUCUUUGCGGUACCUAGCAGUGGAAUAUAGGAAUAUCCCUCGUAUGGUGGGCUAAUUCACAUCGCUACCAUUUCCUAUUGUACCUUGAGCAUACCCUCCAUGACCUUCGCGUGUUCGCGGCAAUACACCCAGC